CUUCCUAACGGCGUGGGGCCAUGGCGGACAAGAAAUUGGGAGACGUGCGAACACAGUUUGUGGAGAAGGUGAGCAAAGGUAUCAUCUGCGCAGUCCUGGAUGAUCUGCUACAAGAAGGGGUCCUGAAUGAUGAGGAAGUGGAAAGGGUGAAGGAGAAAUCUGCUGUCACGCAAGACCAAGCAAGAAUUUUAAUCGAUGGGGUCAGGAAGAAGGGCCCCAAAGCCAGCCUCAUCGCCAUCAAGAGCAUCCGCUCCCGAGAUGCUUUCUUGGCUGAUCAGCUGAGUCUGACGGCCUUCUUGGGAGCGCCAGGAAGUCUGGCUCCUGGUCCAAGAGCCAUGUCCUCUGUGGAAGAAACCCAGCCGGUGGAAUCCAGAGAGGGGAUCAAGCUUUGCCCUCCAAACCUCUUUGAGAAGAUCCAAAAGGAGGAAUCUGACAAGAUCUAUCCUAUUCUCCCGGACUCGAAGACACGCACUCGCUUUGCCUUGAUCAUCUGCAAUAUAGACUUUGAGUCUGCCCGCUUCUCCAGGAGGGAUGGAGCUGAAGUGGACAUGGCAGGGAUGAAACACCUCCUGACUGUCCUGGGGUACACAGUGGAAUCACAUAAAAAUUUAUGCUCAGAGGGCAUGGCCAGUCGGUUAAGAGAGUUUGCCGCUCGGAAGGAACAUAAGACCUCGGACAGCACCUUCGUGGUGCUCAUGUCUCAUGGCCUGCGGGCCGGCCUGUGUGGCGUGAAGAGCCAGGGCGAGAACUCAGAUAUCCUGUCCCACGACACCAUCUACUCCAUCCUUAACAACAAGAACUGCCCUGGUCUGAGGGAUAAGCCCAAAGUGAUCAUCAUCCAAGCAUGUCGCGGGGAAAACAAAGGCGUGAUAUAUGUGAGCAGCGCAGACGCGCCCUUGGCCGACUCCCUCUCACCUGCCCCGCGGCUCCUGGAAGAUUAUGAAAGUGAUGCCAUUCAGUGGGUGCAUGUGGAGAGUGACUUAAUCUGCUUCUGUUCCACAACCCCAGAUAACGUGUCCUGGAGGAGCCCCCAAACGGGAUCCAUCUUCAUUGUCCAGCUGAUAAAGCAUAUGCAGGAACAUGCCUGGCGCUGCCACUUGGAAGAGAUCUUCAGGGAGGUCCAGCAUGCAUUUAAGAACAACCCGCUGCAGAUGCCCACUAAGGAGAGAGCCACUCUUCUGAAAAGAUUCUACCUGUUCCCGGGCCACUGAAGCCAAG